CUAGAGGGAAAUGGAGAUGAGGAACAACGUCCAAGAGCAUCUUCAUCAUUAUGGCAGCACCAGGAAGCAUGGCCAAUGGAGUGCUUGUGUUCAUGCCCCCAAACAGUGCUGGCAUCAUCCACCAAGGCCAGGGAGUCUCUGGUGCCGUUUCCCUGACUCCUGAGAUGGUGCAAUGUGGGCCUCAGCAGUUCAGAGUUAUGAACCCUGGGAACCAACCUCUUGGGUCAAUGUACCCCGGGAGUCCCGCUGAGCAGGUUGCACAGCUGAAGAAAGUAGGGAUGAUGGAGAUAUUCCUCAAAGCCCAGCCCAAGACCCUGGGGGCCAUCCAGAUCCUGACUGGGCUGAUGCACAUUGGCUUUGGGGGUGUGUCUGCAGUUUUCGUCGAAUACUACGUUUCCAUCUCCAUUCUUGGAGGGUACCCCUUCUGGGGAGGACUUUUUUUCGUCAUUUCUGGAUCCCUCUCGGUUGCAGCUGAGAAUCGUGGCAACAUCUGUCUGGUGAGAGGCAGCCUGGGAAUGAACAUCACUAGCGCCAUCUUCUCAACCAUUGGGAUAGUUCUCUUUCUAACAGAGCUGAUUAUUAAUGUGUCAGAUUACAGGCAUGACUAUGAGAGUGCUGGGAAGGGGAUCACAAUCAUGCUGUUCUUGAUGACCAUCCUGGAGUUCUGCAUCGCUGUCUCAACCUCAUACUUUGCAUCCCGAGCCAUCUGCUAUACCCCCAACACCGCCAUGUUGUUCAUGCCAUAUAUUGCCAAUGCAGACUUUGGGGUUCCUUCUGCACCAGUGGCCCCUCCACCACCUUACACCAAUGUGGCUUAUGACCCCAAAGAAGAAACUGAGCCAGGGCCCUCAUAAAGAACUCCUACGAGAGAUGGCUCCAGCAGCAGCUCCUCUGAGAUGUAAAACUCAAUCCUGUCCUGCAUGAUAGAUCUCAUUCCAUUUUCUGAGUGCAGUUCUAGAACCCAGCUCCAUCACUCAUCAGAGAGAGAACUCGUUUCAAUCAGCUUCCCCCUGGCUCUGCACCAUUUGUUGAAUUCACAUUACGCAAUGAAAUAAUAUGACUCACCAGCACUAUCCAGCCCCCAGUGGCUUUGGCCCUGAAUG